AUGGCGGUGAAGCAUUUGGAAAAGCAGGUGCACCAGGAGGAGAAGGUGUACGACAUCACGAGUAUCAUUCAAAUUUUAGAGGCUUUCAAUAGUCAGGUGCAGGAAGGAGCCGCCCUACCCAGUGGGAAUGGCAUUGUGCACUUUUGUGAGCACAUUGUCCGGGAAUUGGGGCAGGUGCAGACCCCCAGGGAUUCAGUUCUCAUUAAAACAUUCAAGGAAGAUGUGGCGAAGGUAUUCCAAUACUUAACGGAGAUUUGCGAAAGUAACAGCGACAUCCAGGAGGACAUUGUCACGGGAUGCCUCAAAGUCCUGUAUUCCCUUAUAAUAAGUCCCCGGGAACCGUAUGAGGCUGUUUCAGUGGUGCUGCAGUUCUUCGACAACUCCCACAUCCCACGGGCAGUCAAUUGGCUGCUGAACAACUACGAGCACUCAUCGGAUGUGGCACUAACGCGGGGCUUCAAGGUCUUAUGCAAGUGGCUCCAAAUUAUUGAUUUCUCCACAAAUCUCCACAUUUGGAUCAUUGAAAUCCUCAAUGGGUUGCGUGAGAAGGAGAAAUAUGAUCUUCUCAUUGAUCUCUCCCUGGAAGUGAUUGAGCCACUGUUCAAGCGCCUCGUGUUGCCAAUCUAUCUGCCCAAGGUGGCUCCUGUUGUUCAGCGAAUUCUCACCUCCAUCCGCCACACACCCGUAGUCUUUCACAAAAUCAUCGGAGGCGUCCCGGGUGUGCUGAACAUCCUGAGGCAGGAGAAAUUCCUACUUUGGCACCAGAGAAUCAUUCAGGAUCUCGUGGAUACAUUCGCUGCACUCAUUCUCACCUUUCCCGGCUACGAUAGUCUCUACAGGGACACCGAGCUUGCUCUUGCCGCCUUCUCAACAUCCCCCAAUUUCCGUAUGAUCCUCGAUGUACCCGCGUGGCAUGCGGAGAUUACGCGGAAUGGCAUUAAUGCCCGAGUGGGAUUAGUUAAUCUCGGGAAUACGUGCUACAUGAAUAGCGUCCUGCAGGCUCUUGUAAUGACAAAACAAUUUAGCCGUGAAAUCCUCUUGUCGGAGAGUAAGACUCCCCUCCUGCUGAAGAUUCAGCAACUUUUGGCACUACUUCUGCACUCAUCACGACCGGAAUUGACACCACGUGCUGUUUUGCAUGCAACCCGCCCACCUGGCUUCCUACCGGGCUACCAACAGGACAGUUCGGAGUUCCUUGGGCAUCUCCUGGAGACGCUGCACGAGCAGGAGGGUCAAAUGCGACCAAAGCCACUCGAUGAGGAUGUCACCAUGAGUGAGGCUGCUGCAUGCCUGCCACCAAAGUCAAAUAACUCCCUCAUCCAGAAGACCUUUGGCGGGAAGAUUGCCAUUACGUAUGAGUGUAUAAAUUGCGGUGAGAAGAGCACAAAUACCGACACUUUCCGGGACAUUUCCCUGUCAUUUCCGGACGAGAAGACGGAAAUGACGCAAAAUUACUCGGUUCAGGAUCUCCUGGACUACUAUUGCUCGUCAGAGAAGCUCGAUGGUGCCAAUCAGUACUUCUGCGAGAAGUGCAAGAGGCUCUGCGACGGUGUGCGCUCCAUUGACAUCACCCAGGCACCGCAGAAUCUCAUCCUAACGCUCAAGCAUUUCAAGUAUGACCAAAAGUACCACGUGCGAGCGAAGUUGAUGCACAAAGUUUUCCACGAUGAGAGUGUGGCUCUGAAGGUCUUCACCGAGGAUGGGUAUCAGCAGCCGGCGACUGUGAAGUACAUCCUGUACGCUGCUGUUGUCCAUUCGGGCUUCAGCAUGGACUCGGGGCACUACUACACGUACGCCGCGGAUCAGAGUUGCUGGUACAAGUUCAAUGAUAGCUUCGUGAAUAAGUGUUCAGUGGAGGAUUUGCAUAAUCUGGCACCGCCGAAUACACCCUACAUCCUCUUCUAUCGCAUGGAGAAUCCACCUGAGGGGGCAGCGGCGUGUAUAGCGCCGGAGGACACGUUGCCACGACUCGAGGAGCUUCCGGGGCAUCUCAAGGAGUUCAUCAUAAAGGACAAUGUGUCGUAUUGCGACGAAGUGAAGCUGGAGGCGCAAAAGAGAAAGUCCAGCAUGAAUGUGCCCCGUGUGCCGAAGAAUCAGAGAGAUUCCGACGAUGAACCACCGCCCAAUAAUUGCGGCGGAAAUGCCAUCAGCAGCUACAAUGGUUACAUUAUCUAAAUCCUUCUUCAUCCGCUUCCCUGAAAACCAUCAGGAUUGUGCACGACUGUGUAGCCCCCGUGCCUGCUCUCUUGCAAUGUGGGUGUAAACAAUUUCAAUGUACUCGAAAGUGAUGGACAUUUUGAUAAGGUGGACUUUUGAUAAAAACAAAAAAAAUAAUGAUGAUGAAGAAAAUUGAGUCUAUCGUGGACCAUGAGUGCACGUCGUGAGAUCCGGAGAAUUUUAGUGAAGAUUUUAUGUGAAUAUAUCCUUGCAAAAGAAAAAAAAUCAGCAUAGACAUUUUGAGUUUUAAAAAUCUUCUCAUUAAAUUAUUAAAUUUAAUAAUAAUAUAUUAGAAUUUCAGUGUAUUAUUUGUAAUAUUAUAAAACACAAUAAAAGUUCAAGAGUUGCAAUAAGA